AUGGCGGCUGAUAACACGGGCGCGAAAUCGAGCUCCGCCGCGGAUUCUUACGUUGGGAGCUUGAUUAGUUUGACAUCCAAGAGCGAGAUCAGAUACGAAGGCAUCCUUUACAAUAUCAAUACAGAUGAAUCCAGUAUCGGACUCCAAAACGUCCGAUCAUUUGGAACGGAGGGAAGGAAAAAAGAUGGUCCGCAAGUUCCUCCAGGUGACAAAGUUUACGAGUACAUAUUGUUCCGUGGGACUGAUAUCAAGGAUUUGCAAGUCAAAGCUUCUCCACCUGUUCAGCCUCCACCUACUUUGAAUAGCGACCCUGCCAUCAUUCAGUCUCACUACCCUAGCCCGGUUCCAGCAUCUAGUACUAGUAGCUUGCCUGAUAUGAGUUCUCAACAACCUGGACAACAUGGAAUGGGGUUUCAGAAUGCAAUGCCUUUGUAUCAGCCUGGUGGAAACCAUGGUUCGUGGGGAGCAUCACCACCACAACCACCGCCAAUGUAUUGGCAAGGAUACUACACUCCACCUCCUCCCAAUGUCCUUCCCCAAAUGCAUCAACAGUCUCUGAUUCGACCCCCUCACGGGCUGCCAAUGCCCACCUCUCUGCAGCAACCCCUUCAGUAUCCUAGCUUUAAUGCUCCUCCUCCACCUAUUGGUUCAUCAAGCUUGCCGGAACCACGCUCUUCGUUGCCUUUCUCUGGUCCACCUAUGGCGCUGUCUUCAAGCCUGCAAUCUCCUCCUCUAGCUUCAGAGAUGGCACCUCCUUUGUUGUCGAAUAAAGCUCCUACUGCUCUGCCUCCUCAGGAUACGAAUUCGCUUCCCUAUUCGCUAUCAACUACUAGAGCCACCGACCACGCAAGUGCUGGCCUUCCACUGUCUAACAAGCCGAGUGUAGUUACUGGUCCAGUUUCUCUGCCGCAGACAACACCAUCUGCUCCUGUUGCUGCUGGAGCUUCCAGCUCUAUCAGCCAAGAUAAGCCGAAACCUUUGUUGGUUACUCCUGGCCAACUGCUGCAGUCUGGAUCUUCCGCAGUCUCUUUACCUCCACCCUCUAAAAAUGCGGAUAAAGAUGUUGAGGUGGUUCAAGUAUCAUCAUCAUCCGCUGGGUUGGAACAAUCUGCUCCGAAAACAUCUGAAGCACAACCUCCAAUACUGCCAUUGCCUUCUUCCGCAAGGCCAAAUGGGCAUUCUUUCCCAAACCACAAUGGUUACAGAGGACGUGGGGGGAGAGGAAGAGGAAGAGGAGCAGGGAGAUCACACCAGGUAAUGAAGUUCACCGAAGAUUUUGAUUUCACAGCAAUGAAUGAAAAGUUCAAUAAGGAUGAAGUAUGGGGUCAUCUUGGGAAGAGUACCAAUGGUGAUGGUGAUGGUGAUGAUGAUUCCCCAAUCGUACAUGAAGCUGAGCUGCCUAAGAUUGAGGCCAAACCUGUUUACAACAAAGACGACUUUUUCGAUAGCCUCUCAUCAAAUUCCAUUGACCGAGAAUCCCAAAAUGCAAGGCCUAGGUUCGCAGAGCAACGGAAACUGGAUACUGAGACAUUUGGUGAGUUCUCAAGAUUCAGAGGAGGUCGAGGAGGGCGUGGUUAUGGUCGGAAUGGUCAUUCACGUGGCGGUUAUGGUGGACGUGGUUAUGGCGGUUAUGGUGGGCGUGGUGGUGGCGGCGGCUAUGAGUAUGGUGGUCGUGGCCAAGGUAGAGGCGUAUCAAAUCGUACUUCCUAG